GGGAAGAGUUUUACUACGCAGAGUAAUCUCCAACGACACCAGCGCAUUCAUACAGGAGAGAAGCCGUAUCACUGUUCAGAGUGUGGGAAGAGUUUUACUACGCAGAGUAAUCUCCAACGACACCAGCGCAUUCAUACACGAGAGAAGCCAUAUCACUGCUCAGAGUGUGGGAAGAGUUUUACAAUGCAGAGUCAUCUCCAACAACACCAGCGCAUUCAUACAGGAGAGAAACCGUAUCACUGCUUGGAGUGUGGGAAGAGUUUUGCUUACAGUAAUGCUCUUAAAGUACACCAGCGUAUUCACACAGGAGAGAAACCAUAUUACUGCUCAGAGUGUGGAAAGAGUUUUGCUCAACAGGUUAACCUCCAACAACACCAGCGUAUUCACACAGGAGAGAAACCAUAUCACUGCUCAGAGUGUGGAAAGAGUUUUGCUGAACAUAGUACCCUUCAAAACCACCAGCGUAUUCACACAGGAGAGAAACCAUAUAACUGCACUGAGUGUGGAAAGAGUUUUACUCAAAGUAGUGCCUUUAAAGUACACCAGCGUAUUCACACAGGAGAGAAACCGUAUUACUGCUCAGAGUGUGGAAAGAUUUUUGCUAAUGAAAAGAAUCUCAAACAGCAUCAGCGUAUUCACAUAGAAAAACUACAUCACUGUUAAGAGUGUGGGAAGUAUUUUAUUGCAUAUUAUGUUCUCCAACAACACCAGCGCAUUCACACAGGAGAGAGGUCGCAUUACUGUUCAUUGUCUUCUUAUUAUAAAAGCUUUAUCUAA